GCUCUGUCUUUAUCAGCGUUCCGCCCAUACGGUUUAUUUGCAGGAAACAUAAUCAUAAUCCAACUGGGUGGAAGGUUCAGGAUAUAUUAAACAUUUACGAUUUCUGUUUUCCUCCAGUUAGACAAGUGGAAGUUUUUCACCCCAAAAGUAGGACUGAUUUGAGAACUGCAAUAUUGCUAAUAUAUAUUAUAUUGCAGAACUUUAAACGGUUAAAAAGCGAAAGGGAAAUUCUUCAGAGAUGGAUAUGAAAGCUGAGACAGCCGAAGCACUAGGAGCAGUAUCGCACUGCACUACAUCCUCGAGAGAAGCUGCUGAAGCAGAUGAGGGUAGCGGGGAUGUGCUGCUCCGCUCUGCCUCCGUCAGCUCCGCCGCGGCUCGUCUGUCUGCCUGUUGUCAUGGAGGAGCCAAGAUGGCGGUCCUGGCCUAUAGCCUAGGCAAACGGGAAAUAAACCAGUAUUUCACGAUUAAAAAUGCCAAAUUGCUGUCUAUCGUCGCUGUCGUCCUGCUCACUGUGUGUCACACUGCUUCUCGGCAUUAUGGAGGCAGUGACACAUGUGACUGGCUUUUAUCCAGUGGAAGCUUUUUAGGGGACAAUGUCUGGCAGCCCUAUGGCUGCAUGUUGCACAAGUACAAAAGCACUGAAGCGAAGACUUGCCUCAGAGAGAAGAGAAUAGCCUUUGUAGGAGACUCAAGAAUACGUCAGCUCUUCUAUUCUUUCAUCAAAAUGAUCAACCCUGAGGUGAAGGAGGAUGGCAACAAGCAUGAGAACAUCCCCUAUGUAGAUCGCGAAUCCACUGUGAACUUCCUGUGGUAUCCUGAAGUGAAUAAUUCAUUGAAGGAGCAGUUGAUGUCAUGGGCAGAGGGAUCCAGUCCCAAACCACAUGCCAUCAUCCUCGGCGCUGCUACAUGGUCCAUCAAGUUGCAUAACGGCAAGAGCGAGGCACUUUUUCAGUACAAAGCAAACCUCACGGGUAUAUUAGACACACUGGAAAAACUGUCUGAGCAGAGUGAAGUCUAUUGGGUUCUGCAAGAUCCUGUUUAUGAGGAGGUGCUCAGUGAAAGCCGAAAGAUGAUCACAAAUGAACAGAUAAACUUGUAUAACGAGGCAGCAUUUAGUACUCUGAAUAACAGUAAGAAGAAAGUCAAGAUCCUAAAAGCCUCUCGGCAAGCUGCCAUGGAGACCAUUUCCAAAUCGGUUGACGGUCUGCACCUCCCUGAGAGCACAAGGGAUGUUGGUGCCAUGAUACUGAUGAACUCCAUGUGCAACAAGAUCCUGAAGCCCAUUGAUGGCUCUUGCUGUCAGAAUACUCCUCCCCUAAGUGUUCUUCAGAAGCUGGCUGCUGCUCUUUUUCUGGUGUCCAUCAUCAGCUUUCUCCUCCUGGGCUGUAGUAAACAUCAUAAUAGUAGGCCCAUUCCUGAUGAGGAGAUUGGAGAGGAGAAGAAACCCCCUACUGCUGCGGGUCAAUUCAGCCCAAAGAGACCAUUACUGGCCAUCUGCAAAAUGAGCCUUAUCAUGUUGUACUUCUACCUGUGUGACAGGGCAGACAUAUUCAUGAAGGAACAGAAAUUCUACACGCAUUCAACCUUUUUCAUCCCUCUCAUCUACAUCUUCGUUCUGGGUAUCUUCUAUAAUGAGAACAGCAAAGAGACCAAACUCCUGAACAGAGAACAGACAGACGAAUGGAAGGGUUGGAUGCAGCUGGUUAUCCUCAUUUAUCACAUUUCAGGAGCUAGCGCUUUCAUACCUGUGUACAUGCAUGUCCGUGUCCUGGUAGCUGCGUAUCUCUUCCAAACAGGAUAUGGACACUUCUCAUUCUUCUGGCUGAAGGGUGACUUUGGACUCUACAGAGUGUGCCAGGUUCUCUUCAGACUCAACUUUCUUGUGGUGGUACUGUGUCUGGUUAUGGACAGGCCUUACCAGUUUUAUUACUUUGUGCCUCUUGUCAGUUUUUGGUUUGUAGUUAUUUAUGCCACAAUGGCAAUGUGGCCACAGAUUCUUCAGAAGAAAGCCAGUGGUAGUGGAUUCUGGAAUCUGGCAGUUUUGUUGAAACUUCUAGGUUUACUUCUUUUCAUUUGUUUCUUUGCAUACUCACAGGAACUCUUUGAAGGUAUUUUCUCAGUGUGGCCUGUUUCAAAGCUCUUUGAGCUGCAAGGUAGCAUCCAUGAGUGGUGGUUCAGGUGGAAACUGGAUCGAUUUGCUGUGAUCAAUGGAAUGCUCUUUGCCUUAAUUUACCUGCUGCUCCAGAAAUUUCAGCUACUGUCUGAAGGCAAAGGAGAGCCUCUCUUCUCUACCAAGAUCUCCAACUGUCUGCUCUUUGUCUCUGUUGUUUUUUUUAUAACAUAUUCCAUUUGGGCCAGUGGGUGCAAAAAUAAGUCGGAAUGUAAUGAGAUGCAUCCAUACAUUUCUGUUGUCCAGAUUCUGGCUUUUAUUUUGAUCCGGAAUAUUCCAGGAUACGCUCGCUCUUUGUACAGCUCAUUCUUUGCAUGGUUUGGAAAGAUCUCCUUAGAGCUCUUUAUAUGCCAGUAUCAUAUUUGGCUGGCAGCGGACACCAAGGGCAUCCUGGUCCUCAUUCCUGGAAGCCCCACUUUGAACAUUAUUGUCAGCACAUUCAUCUUUGUCUGUGUAGCUCAUGAGAUCUCCCAGAUCACCAAUGACUUGGCCCAGGCAGCUAUUCCAAAAGAGAGUGGGCCUCUACUGAAGAGACUGUUAGGGGCAGGAGUUUUUCUAAUGCUGGUACUCUUUCUGGGACAGUAUCAGUAAUCCGGGUACUAAGGGCAAUCAGAGACACUAACACACCUCGUCUGGGUGAGGAUCAAUUUGGAUCUCACCAAAAUGUGUGUGUAAAAGAAGGAAAUGUGACCAGCCAAGAGCUUUCCUUUUUUUAGGAAUCGAUCACUUUUCAAGGAAUUCUUAAGGCACUGGUCUGUAUACAAAACUCAAACUAGAAUAGACGCCAAGGUCCUUGGAGCAGCACUGAUAUGGAUGAUUAGACUCUGAUCAAACAGUCCUGUCAAACACCGAUUCUAAAGCCGGAUGUUUGCUGUUGACACAUCACACAUAGGCUAUGUGUGUAAUUUCCUCAUCAGGCAGAUAAGAUUAACUUGCUUCAUCCACCCUUCUCUCAUAGCUCUGAAAUGUGUGUUUUAUGGACCGUAUUUAAUAAUUUAAGACUAUUUUGUACAGGGGUGUGUGUUUGUGUCUUGUUGUUUUUCCCCAUUCUUUUUUUUAUUUUGUACUCCAUGCCCAUGGCUGCAAAAUGUGAAGGAGUUCUACAUUCCUGCCUCUCGCCGCAUACAACUGACACUGUGGCAUGUUUCAUCAGCACAUGCACCAAAUGUUUCUUUAAAAACAAUGAUUUCAGUUCAUACCACAUCAGCAGCUUUAUUGUUCUUUGGGAAGAUGCAACCUGAACAGGUUCUUCUCUAGAUUAUUAAAGGGACAGUUCACCCAAAAAAUUAAAUUCUGUUAUUUACUCAUCCUCAUCCAAACCUUUAUGAAUUUCUAUCUUAUGUGGAACACAAAAGGAAAAGUUAAAGAAGAAUUGGGUUCCAUGGAAGAAGGUAAGUCAUAGAGUUUUGGAACAUGAGUAAAUGGUGACAUUUUCAUUGGGUGAGCUUUGCCUUUAAUUUAAAAGGUAGACUUGAAAUAACCGAAGAAAAAAUGUGCUUUGAUCUAUCAAUUAUAUUUAUAAUGAGGGCACUAUUUCAAACAUAAUCCCCUCUUUACCCUUCUUCAGUUGCACUAAGUGGAGUUUCUCCCCUACAAACUUGAAGGCACUAAAGCCAGUACUGUUACUGUGGUCUCAUCCUUACCACAUGGGUUUACUCCCUUUAUAUGAAUUCAGCUUAAUGUUAGAGCCAGCUUUGUCUACAAUCAGUGACCUCAUUAUAUAUUGCUCAAUGUACAUCUUCAUAUCCUCUCAAACUGUUUGAAAUAAGGUAACUAAAGCGUGGUGUUUAAAACUUGAUGUCAUUUUAAAAAUAUAUAACAUGUAUAAAACAAGUUGAAUUGAAUUAUCAGUUUACUGGUAAUAAUUUUCUGUAAAUAUAUCCUACAUUAUGUGCCAUUGAGAGACAAAAGACAAAUGUAUUGUUAGAGGCUCUAUUCAGUCUGAUUUUAAUAGGGGUACUUAAAACUAGUAGUUAUAGUUAAAAAUACUGACAUUUUGGCUGAAAAGUCACAUCACUAUAGAAGCGAUCACAUUUGUAAUUUACAAUUUUCAUUGCAGUUUAAUGUUUGUGAAUUGAAAAGAAGCUAUGAGGCAUAUUCAGAUGUUGGCAUCUUAUGUACUUGGUCUACUGAAUAUAAAACUUAUUGGCAUUUUAUAUAAUCAGUUAAGAUGCUAUUACUUUUUUCUAAGCAAAACAAAAGCUAUACAGAUUAAACUGACGCAAGUGCUAUCAACUGGCACGUCCAUUAAAUUGUAAAUGUGUUUUUAUUUUUAUUUUUUGAAGACUAACUUGCUUAUGUUCAUAAUUAAAAUUAUUUGUAUAGUUUGGUGUAGGUUUUAUUUAAAGAAAACCUGAAGGUCUCAAAGGAGUUGUGUAAGCGUUUUUGUUAAAAGAAAAUGUGGAAUUAUUCAUGUUCAUUUGGAAAUGCCUUCAUCUUAUUGUAGUCAAUGUUAAUGAUAAACUAAUCCUUAAAAACAUGCAAUAUUGUAAAUUUGUUUU